UAUUAUUGAAUAUUAUGUGUGAUAAAGCAAAUUAUUAUAAAAAGAAAUGGAAAGGGAUGAAAACUGCCAAAUCACAUAAUAAUAUAUCAUAUCAAAACAAAGCAGAUUAUAAUCUCGACAUUGGUAGGAAUAUAGAUAUUCCAUAUUAUGGAUGGAGGUUGUUUUUUCCUGACAAAGAAUAUAAAACUAAUAGUGCUAUUACAAAGCAAAUUAAAGCUGUAGAGGCAUUUAUAGAAAGACAUGAAGUAUUAUCUUCAUUGUUUACUAUGGCAAAUUUGGAAGUAGGAAUGUCUUUUGACAUUGACAUCUGUGAACUAUAUGAGGAUAGUGAAUUUAUGAAGCAAUGGCCAAAUUUUAAGCAUGAAAUUCAUGAAAAUCCAAUGAACAUAUUAAAUUGUAUAAAACUUGGUAUUCAUCAGAAAAUUUUGAAAACAGUGCCAGAAGAAAAUUUACAGUAUGUUUUGAAUUCUAUUAGCAGUUUACCAACAAUCAAAUUAAGUAUAUUAAACUAUCAACCAAUUAUAUGUUUGCGAGACCUUAAGCUAAAUUAUUAUGAGCGAUUGGUGUCUACCAGAGGUUGUGUAAUAAGGGUUGGUAGAAUAAAACAUCUCAUACAAUGGAUGGUAUUUGGUUGUUCCAAAUGUCAUUUGCAAAAAUUAAUCAAACAGUCUCAAGAAAUAUAUACUUUACCAAAAAAAUGUGAUACUUGUGGUACAUCAAAGUUUUAUCCAGUGUUGGAUUCACCUUUCGUGAAAAGUAUUUUAUUCCAGAUCAUCAGGAUACAAGAACCAUUAAAUGAUGAGCAGAUAGAGAAUAAAGGUAAAGUGCCUAAAGUACUCGAUGUGGAACUUAUGGAUAAUUUAGUUAAUAUUUGUAUGCCUGGGGACGAUAUAACACUUACAGGCAUUAUUAAGGUACAAGGAGUCGAUGAUGCAACUAAAAUACAAGUUGGGACUCCGUUUUCUCUAUAUAUGAAAGCAAUAACAGUUAUCAAUAACAAACGUAAAUGUCAAAAUAAGAGUUCUAUGAAUAAUGAAAUUUCUUUAAAAAAUUAUUUGGCCAUACAGAAUAUAUAUAAAGAACCAAAUAUUUUUGCAUUAUUAGUACAUUCGUUAUGCCCUAGUAUAUAUGGCCAUGAAAUGAUAAAAGCUGGAUUGAUAUUGAGUUUAUUUGGGGGUAAUAUAAAGCGCGCGCAGUUACGAGAUGGCAUACAUAUUUUGUUAAUCGGAGAUCCUGGUCUUGGCAAAUCGCAGAUGUUACAAGCAUGUGCUCGAAUAUCUACAAAAGGCGUAUAUAUUUGUGGCAAUUCAAGUACAUCCUCUGGAUUAACGGUGACACUUACAAAAGAAACUGGAUCGAAUGAUUUUGCUUUAGAACCUGGUGCUUUGGUUUUAGCAGAUCAAGGUUGUUGUUGCAUCGACGAAUUUGAUAAAAUAUGUUCUCAACAUCAGGCAUUAUUAGAAUCAAUGGAACAACAAAGUGUCACCGUUGCAAAAUCAGGUAUAAUAUCUUCUUUUCCCGCACGGACAUCAAUUCUAGCAGCAGCUAAUCCUAUCGGAGGGCAAUAUGACAAAAGCAAAACAAUAACUGAAAAUUUAAAUAUUAAUCAGCCUAUCCUUUCGCGAUUUGAUUUAAUUUUUUUAUUAUUGGAUAAACCAGAUAAGCAUUUCGAUAAUUUGUUAUGCAAACAUAUUAUGACAGUUCAUACCAAUUCACAUACAAAUUUCAAUCAAGAAGCUAUAGACUCAUCUGUUAAUGAUUGUUCCUUAAGGAAAAAGUUAAUGUUACCAUUAUCUACUGAGAUCAUCCCACAGCCUAUUCUUCGAAGUUAUAUUUCCUAUGCACGACAAUAUGUGAAACCAAAAUUGUCAGCCAAAGCUGCAGCAGUAUUACAAAGUUAUUAUUUAGAACUUCGAUUAAAAAAUAAACAAUUUGGAAACAUACCUAUAUUUAAUAGACAAUUAGAAGCCAUGAUUCGUUUGACUGAGGCUAGAGCAAAACUGGAAUUACGUAUUGAAGCAACCGAAUCAGAUGCAUUAGAUGUAAUAGAUAUAUUGCGAUAUACAAUGAUAGAUACAUCAGAAGAUUGUAUAACAUCAAAUUUAAAUUCUGAUGGUAAAUUAACAAACAAAAAAAUUAAAAUGUUUAUAAAGAUACUUGAGGAAAAAGUAAAUGUAGAUAAAAAACUAAUAUUUUCAACAAAAGAAUUAAAAGCAAUUACUAUGUGUAAAGAUAUUUUGAUAAAUGAUUUUGGUGUUUUAAUUUCAAGAUUGAACGAAGAAGGAAACCAUGUGAAUGGGACGAACCACUUUGUCCACCUAUGGUAUAUUGUCCUAUAGAAUUAUCAUCUUGUAGUCAGCCUUAUGGAUGUGUAAAACUGUGUAAGAGUUUCAAUUUUCGUUCCAGCAUAAGAUACAAAUGUGAGUGUAUUAAAAGAAAUGGUCUACAAGAUAGAUGUAUGAUGUGGGAUUGUAUGGGUAGACCAGAAUGUAUGACAAAACUGUAUCCAGUUUGCAAACCAGGUCGUGCC